CGAUACGCGCUUCAAAAAAUUUUCUAAAGAUCGAGAAAAGGAAAAGCGGGUGAAGAUUCGUCCCUACGACCGUCGGAUUAACCACCGAAAAGAUCGUACGGUUACGAAUCAAACCAUCCAACAACCUCUCUCAAACCCUAGCUGAGGCUCCGUAUCUAUAAAUAGACUUCUCCUUGGAGCGAAGACAAGAGAGAACCACUUUGCUGUUAAAAGUUUUUCUUUGUUCAUUCUUUAUUAACGAACGAUGGCUGCUAGUAAAGGAGAAGGUCCAGCUAUUGGAAUCGAUCUCGGUACGACUUACUCGUGCGUCGGAGUUUGGCAACACGACCGCGUUGAGAUCAUCGCUAACGAUCAAGGCAACAGAACGACGCCGUCUUACGUCGCGUUUACCGACAGCGAGCGUUUGAUUGGUGACGCCGCGAAGAAUCAGGUCGCCAUGAACCCUAUCAACACCGUCUUCGAUGCAAAGAGGUUGAUUGGUCGUAGAUUCAACGACAGCUCCGUUCAAAGCGACAUGAAGCUGUGGCCCUUCAAGAUCAUUGCUGGGCCUGCCGAGAAGCCCAUGAUCGUUGUGAACUACAAGGGAGAAGACAAAGAGUUUGCAGCUGAGGAAAUCUCCUCCAUGAUUCUCAUCAAGAUGCGUGAGAUUGCUGAAGCCUAUCUCGGUUCCGCCAUCAAGAACGCUGUCGUCACUGUCCCAGCUUACUUCAACGACUCUCAGCGUCAGGCGACGAAAGAUGCUGGUGUCAUCGCCGGUUUGAACGUUAUGCGUAUUAUCAACGAGCCCACGGCUGCUGCUAUUGCUUACGGUUUGGACAAGAAGGCGACUAGUGUGGGUGAGAAGAAUGUCUUGAUCUUUGACCUCGGUGGUGGUACUUUCGAUGUGUCGCUUUUGACUAUUGAGGAAGGUAUCUUUGAGGUGAAGUCUACUGCCGGAGACACUCACCUUGGUGGUGAGGAUUUUGACAAUAGGAUGGUGAAUCAUUUCGUUCAAGAGUUCAAGAGGAAGAACAAGAAGGAUAUCAGCGGGAGCCCGAGGGCUUUGAGGAGGUUGAGAACGGCUUGUGAGAGAGCGAAGAGGACACUGUCUUCUACUGCUCAGACCACCAUUGAGAUUGACUCUCUUUACGAGGGUAUUGACUUCUACUCUCCAAUCACACGUGCGAGGUUCGAGGAGCUUAACAUGGAUCUGUUCAGAAAGUGUAUGGAGCCUGUUGAGAAGUGUCUCCGUGAUGCUAAGAUGGACAAAAGCUCUGUUGAUGAUGUCGUCUUAGUCGGUGGCUCAACCCGUAUCCCUAAAGUCCAGCAGCUGCUUCUCGAUUUCUUCAACGGCAAAGAGUUGUGCAAAUCCAUCAACCCUGACGAGGCCGUUGCGUACGGUGCAGCUGUUCAGGCAGCUAUCCUCAGCGGUGAGGGUAACGAGAAGGUUCAAGAUCUCCUCCUGCUCGACGUCACGCCGCUUUCUCUCGGUCUUGAAACCGCCGGGGGAGUCAUGACUGUGUUGAUCCAGAGAAACACGACCAUUCCCACAAAGAAGGAACAAGUCUUUUCAACUUACUCAGACAACCAACCUGGUGUCUUGAUCCAAGUAUACGAAGGUGAGAGAGCGAGGACCAAGGACAACAACCUGCUGGGAAAGUUUGAGCUUUCUGGAAUCCCGCCGGCUCCCAGAGGCGUUCCUCAGAUCACUGUCUGCUUCGACAUAGACGCCAACGGCAUCCUCAACGUCUCUGCCGAGGACAAGACAACAGGACAAAAGAACAAGAUCACAAUCACCAACGACAAGGGAAGACUGUCAAAGGACGAGAUUGAGAGAAUGGUUCAAGCGGCAGAGAAGUACAAGACAGAGGACGAAGAUCACAAGAAGAAGGUUGAAGCCAAGAACGCACUCGAGAACUACGCGUACAACAUGAGGAACACGAUCAGGGACGAGAAGAUUGGCGAGAAGCUAGCGGCUGAUGACAAGAAGAAGAUUGAAGAGUCGAUCGAAGCGGCCAUUGAGUGGCUUGAAGGGAAUCAGUUGGCGGAGUGUGAUGAGUUUGAAGACAAGAUGAAGGAGCUCGAGAGCAUUUGCAACCCGAUCAUCGCGAAGAUGUACCAAGGUGGUGAAGGUGGUCCAGCUGGUGCAGGGGGAAUGGACGAUGAUGUUCCACCUUCUGCCGGUGGUCCAGGUCCCAAGAUUGAGGAAGUCGACUAAACUUAUCAAUCUACCUACUCUGCCUCUGUGUUUGUAUUUCAAACAUAAUGUUUCUCUAUUUUUGUCCCCUUGAGGGCCUUUUUUGCUUGAAUAUCGUUACGACCCCAGGUUUUCAUUUGUUUUGGUUUAGCUAUAAUAUUUUCUUAAUCAGAGCAGAAACUUUUUUGGUUA